GAUCCGGCCGACUUUAUCGAAGCGUCCGAGAAGCAGAUGCAGAAACACUCGUUCCUGUGUGACGAUGCAAUCCGGACGCGCCAACCGCAGAAGAUGGUGGACAAUACAUCGAGCGAGGCGCGCCUCGCCAAUCGGGUGCUGCUCGUUGCGAAGCAGGAGGCCGACAACUCGGAGGACCCGGAGUACAUUGGCCGUGUGAAUGGGGCUUCCGAUCAGCUGCAGGCUUCAAUCUCACCGAUGGUCCAGGAGGCAAAGCUUGUCUCGACCAACAUUGCCGAUCCGGUGGCGGCUUCGAACUGGCGCGAAGCGAACAAAGCGUUGCUGCAGAGCGUACGGAAUGUGCGCGGAGCCAUCACGCACGCACCGGCCGUUCCGGAGAUGCCGGAUUUGUCACAGCUGCAGCUCUCGAACGAAACCGUACCACCACCGAGGCCACCGUUGCCGCGGGAGAAUGUACCGCCGAUGAGACCACCACCACCACCGGCCGAAACCGACGACGAGGAUGAUGUGUUCCAGGGCCAUAUGCCGCACGCCAAUCAACCGAUUCUGAUGGCGGCCCAUGGGCUACACCAGGAGGUGCGCCAGUGGUCGUCGAAGGACAACGAGAUCAUUGCCGCGGCCAAGCGUAUGGCGGUGCUGAUGGCACGCCUUUCGGAGUUGGUUCGAGCCGAUUCGAAGGGCAGCAAACGGGAGCUGAUUGCGACGGCAAAGAAGAUUGCGGAAGCGUCGGAAGAUGUGACGCGGUUGGCGAAGCAGCUGGCACGCCAGUGUACGGACAAGCGUAUCCGUACGAACUUGCUGCAGGUGUGCGAGCGUAUCCCGACGAUCGGUACGCAGCUGAAGAUCCUGUCCACCGUCAAGGCGACCAUGCUCGGUGCCCAGGGUUCGGAGGAGGAUCGCGAGGCGACGGAGAUGCUGGUUGGCAACGCCCAGAACCUGAUGCAGAGCGUCAAGGAAACGGUUCGUGCGGCCGAGGGUGCCAGCAUCAAGAUUCGCUCGGAUCAAACCAACCAACGACUACGCUGGGUACGUCGGCAGCCCUGGUAUCAGUACUAAACACUAGUCCAUCAUCACCACCCCCAAAAUUCUGUUCCCCUUGUCGAGUUCUUCGUUGUGCGCACGACGCCGUUUGGUUCGUGCGCUGUCGCUAAUCGUAUGUCCCGUGGUCAUGUGUUCUGUGCCCUUAAUCGACAAUCGUUGCGAAGAUCACUGUCAGCCUUCGUUAAAGGUAAGCUUUUCAGUGCCGGAUUCACCGCUCAAACGUGCAAGCAAAGUAUGAAAAAAUGUUGCCAAAUAGAUGAGGAAAGGAGCAGAGACGGGAAGGAAUCCAUUCAUCACACUCGCACACACCCUGCCUUAUGUUGAGGCGUUGGUUGGUGUGCUUUUAGAACAUGCUUUCAUCUACUGGAACCGGAAACGACGCGGCAGCGCAACGAGAUUUGGAUGAAAACAUCAUCGAUUCACAGCUUUAACACAUAGCGUUUUCUAUACUAAUUUGAUGUGAUCGUACGGCCGAUCGGACGAAGGCAACGAUGACGACGAAUGGAGACGAUGGUUUUGGAGUGAAGGAGAACCGUUUGCCUUGAAGAGGAAUGCGCGCGCAAACGACUAACUGUUAGCUGUUACUCUUGUUAGUGGUGACUUCAACUUGUAGAUUUUAAAAAUGCAAUUCAUAUUAACGGUUACUCACACUCUUGUUAGGCGGUUAAAUGGAAGACGGACGAAUCGAAUCGAUUGUUUUAAAAUGUGCAGAUGUGGCCUGCGUGUGCGUGUAUGUGUGUUUGUUGGAACGCUGGAGCAGCGGGAAUGGCAAGAUCGGACAGACAGGCAGGCAAGUUAGUUCAAAUGUAAGUUUUAGCGCGUUAGUAGCGUUCCCCUCGUAACACUCUUUUUGUAGUUUCUUUGUGUGAAGAAGGAAGCAGUAAUUCUUGUUGUUCUCAGCCCAACCCCCAUCUUACUUUCCAUUAAAAACUUACUCGAUCGUGAUCGUUGCGUUUCAUCACGUGCAAUAAUUAACGCGCGCAGCAGUAAAACCUCAACCUCAGUCAACCUCACUAGGAAAACGCCUAAUCUGGUAGUGAUAAAUGUUUCAAAAGUGGGCAGCAUUGUUUACUCGUUCUACUACUACUUACAAGCUUACUUUAGGUAGUCAUAUUAUCAUAAAUCCCUGUGGAACCCGUACUAAGCGUUACACUAAAUCGUGAAACUGUUAGAUUUGCCCCCCUCACCCUUUGAGUGCGUGUUGUGUCUGAGUGUUCGCGUGUGGUUGAUUGAGCGUUAAGUUUUUCCGAUUAAUCCCUGGAGCUAUAAGCUACCGUCAACUGGCCAAAACCACUAAAGUGUGACCACAAAACACACGCAACCGAAAUGAUAGAUAGAGCGAGGCAGAGUGUGUGAGAGAGAGGAAGAAGUUUGAUGGAAAGCUAAUUACAAUCAACGCAUUUUCGUAGAUGAAUUUAUAAGCCGGUAUCGGUACGCACCGACCACCGGCCUGGCCACUACUACUCAUCGGAUGCAAUAGGAACGAACGAGCGAGAAUUGAUAAUCAUCAUGAGCAUCAUGAUCGACAAACGGCGCGGGGUUGAGUGCAAGGCCUACACCCGUUCCGUGCGCCACGCACAGCUGGAUAGAUUUUUAACGUAUUAACAAGUGCCUAUUUAUUGUUGUAACACAAAAUUUGAUGAAUGACUCUUUCUCGAUUGAAUUUAGUUCGUC